GAUUAGAAUGUCAGUGCUGUAGACGCAUUAGCUAUAGCGUCUGUACUCGGUAUGUACAUUAGCACACAUGUUGAAAUUCAUCAAAAGCUGUUGUAUACAGUUUGUUGCACUGGAAGCACUAAAGAUAACUCUUGCAUAUUUUCCACCGCUGUGAUUGCCGAUACAUUUAUACCAUUUUACCACCAUCGAGGCAUAUAAUUUCCGCCUUUUAUCCGAACUCCUUUGCGGACGAUUUUAUUGACAGCGGAAAGAGUUUCGGGGAUUGCGGAGCGUGCGCACAUUUUAUACAAAAAAUAUUAUAACCGGAAAUGCAGAACGAGUACAGGCGAUCGGUGUCGGUCAGCGAUGGCGUGGCCAAGGCCAAAGCCUUUGGGAAUUUACGGGAGAGAAUCAGCCAAGCUGGAGAAUAUUUUGAUAAAUGGGUUGCCAGCUGGAAUCAGGCGUGCGGCUCCGUACUGCUGGUCGGCGGAAAUGAUAUUUUAGAUCUCAUGCUGAAUGAUCUGGCUGAGCGAAAACAAGAAAUCGUCAAAUUAGAACAAAAGAUCGCAUCGCUCCGCAACAACCACUUAGCCGGCCAUGGCCACAUUGGCCAGCACAAGGAUUACGACGGCGCCGUCGGUGCCGUUAAUGGAUCAACAAACAAACAACGUAACAAAAAUCCGCCUGGACAUAUGCGCUCGGAUGCUAUGUUGGCCGAGCGACAAUCACACCCGGCAUCAUAUAAUAAAAAAAUGGAAAAUGGGAAGAAAAACGGCAACCACUUUGCUGUCACCAUAACCAAUGCGCCCAAGCCAAUCAAAAUCGAAGCACCACCGCCAGACACCCCGAAACCGGCGAAAAAAGCCGGGCUGCUGCGAACGAAUUCGGUGACCGUUAAAAACGAAAAAUGCCAGGAAUUAGUGGAUAAGUUUCUGAAAACGGAGCAGUCGAAAAUGGAGCAAGUCAAAAUACAGCAACUGGGCGUUGACCAAUUUAUUUUCACUGAGCUUUUUCAGUCAUCUCUUCCACGCGUCAAGACAUUCGAAGAAGCCAACUUUAAGCCUCAGCUGCUGAAAAAUUUAAAGGAGUAUGGAUUUGAACAGGCACAACCAGUGCAACAGUGCCUAAUUCCGGCGUGUCUUUCUGGCAAGAAUAUAAUCUGUCAAGCUCCAUCCGGUACCGGAAAAACAUCCUCCACGGCGCUUGCACUGCUGCAGAAAUUAGACAUGGCUGUUAGUGGCUGUCAAGCACUGGUCAUCGCGCCGACCAAAGAAACCGCUGACCAUUAUCAAACUGAUGUUCUGGCGUUGGGCGAGUCGCAGAAUGUGCUGUGCCAUUCAUGCACCAGCGGCACCAGUGCGGAAGUUGACGUUAUGAAACUGAAAGCCAAACCGCAUCACAUUGUUGUCGGCACACCUGGGCGUCUUUACGAGCUCAUCAAAAUCCGUCAAGUUCUAGUGCCCGAUCAAAUCAAGACGGUUGUCUUAGAGGAUGGUGACAAACUCUUUUUGCCGGGUUAUAAAGAGGAAGUGGAAAGCAUUUUGGCUUUAUUACCGGCUAAUCGGCAGGAUAUUCUGGUAUGUUCUUCGCCGGCUACUACCGAACUGAAUCCACUGGCACAUCUGUUUUCCACCUCGCCGCCGGAAAUCAUUACCGCGCGCUGUCUAUCUUUUGUCGCUGAGGGAAUAUACCAGUUUUUCAACGCGUCAGAAAAAACUACACGGGCUCAACAAACUGCCGGCAUAAGUAAGCACUUCGGGCCAGAUAACGUGGUGUUUCUGUCCAAACAGGAUUUGUCCAAGGAGGAACUCGGAUAUGAUGAUGCGGCCACGUGGACAGAAACCGUUUCUGAUGGCGAAAAGAUUGUUCACACUUCCAAGUUAUCCAAGGCUGAAAUGGUGGAAAACUUCAAGAACAAUUUAAAGCAGUCAGAUUCGGCUGGUGGAAAACUGAAUGUUAUUGUUUUGUGCGACAACACGGCGGACUGCCGCAACUAUACUACGCUGUUACGGUUGCAUCCUUUGGCAAACAUGGCCAUCAUCCUCACCACAUCCCCGAUCAGUGAAAAAGUCGCUCAAUUCCGUAAACAACUGGAAAAGGAGCAUGGACUGUUCCUAAUUGACCUCGUACUUUCCCCAUAAGAUUUUCAUGCUGCACAAGUACAGAUACCGGCUUGCUUUCAAUAUUUUGUGCUUUCCAUAUUCAUCUGCUUUUCGACGUUCUAGAGUAGUUGGAUCAUGAAAAUUAAUUCUAUUUUGUAUUUGUCCCAGUUUGUACGUUUUGGAUUGCUUUGUCUGAUAUUAAAAUGCCACAAUUUAAUUAUAUGCAUGGUUGAAAUAUGAUAAGUAGUUUAAGUACUUUUUGUAUCGAUUUGGACGUUUUCUGUAAGCCAACUGCAAAGCAGACUUUCUUGUGGCCAGAAUGAAAUAAUCGA